ACCCGCCACUUAUCAAAAUUUCCAGAGCUCCAGCCACAUCGAUUAGAUACAUGUAUAUGUACAAGUACAUACCGAAGUACUCCUGCGACUAGGUACCUGUCUUCGUACAGCGGAAAAACCAGCGUCUCCACUUUAACUUUUCGACCCUCCGCCGACUUUCAAAUAUCACAAUUCGGAGCUGUCGACACUUUUUUUCGGCGACUCGAAAAGACGCCGGGGAUAGCCACCAAUUGGUCCAAUUGCAAUACCGGCCAAAUAUUCUUCUACUUUACGGAAGAGGGGAGGAAUCUAUAUAGCAGAAUGAGCCGGUCACUACUGCGCUCCGUCCUGGAGCUUCGCACGCCGAUAACACGCCUCCCACCAACCUUCCUCCUCCCGAUCCAGGCCCGCACCCUCGCGACGACAGCAGCAAGACGCAAUGUCGAACCAACCACGCCUCCCAGCGCAACACCCACACAAACCGCCGUGCCCCCCAUAGCGCCCCCCAAGCCAUCCUCCACCCCCUCAGCGUCUCCCUCCCAGUCCCAAACCCACCCCCCCGCGGGAACGACAUCGAGCUCCGUAGCAGAGCUCUUCCCGCUGCUGCGCGCGCAGCCCGCGCACUACAUCACCAUCCACAUCCACGGGAAGCCAUACCUAGUCACGGAGGGCGACCGCAUCCGUCUGCCUUUCCUGAUGCACGAGGUCCUGCCGGGCGACGUGCUGCGUCUGGACCGGGCAUCGACACUCGGAUCCCGGGAUUACACGCUUGUCGGCAGCCCGCACAUCGACCCCUCGCUGUUCGAGUGCCGCGCCACUGUUCUCGGCGUCGAGUCCGAGCCCCUGCGCGUCAAGGUCAAGACUAAGCGCCGGAACCGCCGCUCUCGCCGCGUCGCGAGUAAGCAUCGGUAUACCAUCUUGAGGAUUAGCGAGCUUAAGCUGCUUGGGCCUUCUUAAGGGUGUCUGUGGUGAUGUGAGUGAGUGGUGGGCUUUACGCUAGGACUUCCUACUUUUUGGGGAGGGUUUUGCUGGGUUGGACGGGGGUGAAAAUAACGGGAAGAAUCGGUUGUCCGUUCUGCUACCUAUGUGACUGCAAUUCUCGCCAGAGAAUAUGACCGUGGAGAGAGUACUAUAGGUACAAGUCAGUCGGUGAUAGAUAUCAUGUAUGUAACACUUAUAAAAUGGGCUUGCAAAAUAUCCGACAAGAUCCAUGUAUAAAACAUGAAUUCAAACAUCAGAAAAAGCAAUAUACUCCUAACUCCCAAGAUUGACGCACGCAUAAGAUAUUGAAAUAUGUCCACUUGAACCAUAUGUUCAGUUAUCAGAAAGUGCCAUCCAUUCCAGCACCAGUAAUACACCUCACAGAAAGACUAAAAGC